AUGGACGCCUCCGACAUCGACCCCGAAAUGGCCGCCUUCAUGGGCUUCGCCUCCUUCGGGACCCAACCCGCCGCGAAGAAGCGCAAAUACAACCACCGUACCGACGCCGUCGCCGCCUCCGACUCUGCAACCGGCGCGAACCAAGUCGCCCUCGCAACCCGCACACCUUCGUCUGCCCCGGCAGCAGCCAGCGCGACGAGCACGGACGAGAUCACACUAGACUCCGACGCCGAACCCGAUACCACCAAAGCGGAGGAGCCGCACCCCGCCGCCGCCGCAGCGGACAAUAACGACGACGACGAAGAAGGCGGCGCAAGCCUCUACUCAGACCCCACCGUCGCGCCCGCGCUGGCCCACGCGCAGUCGCUGAUCGACGAGCUGACCGUCCGCGGCGGCGUCGGCAGCGCCGCCUCGCAAGCGCAGCAAGGCGGUGCCGGUGCCGGUGACGGUGACGCGCUGCCCUCGGGCGCGAGCUUGCCCAUGAGACCGGAGGCGUCGUGGGGGCGGGAGAUGGGCGCCGCGCCGACGAGCAUGCCGGGCCGGAACCAGGGCGAUGCGCCGCACGAAGGACGGGGCGGACGCGGUGGCGCGAGGAACAACCGCCACCACCACCAGCAGAGGGACGACGGGAAGCCGUGGUGGGAGGGAUACUACGACCACAAGUCCAACGAGAACCCGUGGGCGAAGCUUGAGAAGGCGGCUGGGGUUGAGCCGAGGGGGAGCUGGGCUUUGGAGGGACAGGCGCAGACUGCCUAG